UUAUAAGGCGUUGAACUUCCGCCCGUCAGACUCGUUUCGGGAAAGAAGGGUGUGGACGCAUUGUCACCGCUAACGUGAAUAAAUGUUAAUUUUCGGUGAUAUGACCGUACUAAUUCUCUCGAUCCUGUGUUGAUACGUGAUCAUGGAAGGAUCCGCUCAGUUCUGUCUCCUGGUUGUGCUGCUGUUUGUGGCGCCCGAUUCUGCCGAAGCCCAGAAAACACCGUCGUACUUCAAGCUUGGCGGUACGUUGACUCUGAGGCCUCCUUUCUCUGGGACGAUCACCAGCAUCGUUUAUAAGUUCGGUGGUAACCUGGUGGCUGAAUAUGCGGACAACGGGGUUCCUUUGACUUAUUACAGCACCUUUAGAGGACGCACAACCCUGAACAUUGGAACUGGAGAGUUGGAGAUCAACAACAUGGGUAAAGAUGACAUUGGAGAGUUUGUAGUGGAGAUCAACAACGUCGUCCAGAGUCAAAGGUUUGAAGCUGUGGAGAUCAAGGAUGUACCUGAUCCUUCUGUGAGUGUGAAACCAUUAGUCUGUGACUCAUCUUCAUCCAACUGUAGCCUGUCUUGUGAUGGAGAAAUUAAAGAGUCUGAACCGGUCACUUUCUCCUGGAGGAAAGAUGACGGAGAAUGGAAGGAGUCAAAACAAGUCCUCAAAAUCACCAACGAUGAGGAAACUAAAAAAGUAAAGACGUUCUCCUGCAAAAUGAAGAACCCAGUCAGUGAGAAAGAGAGUAAACCUGAAAAGAAUCCAUUUCACCCAGAGUCAGACCCCAAACCCGAUCCAGAUGUGGGUGGUAUCGUGGCUGGUAUUCUGAUCCCAGUUUUGAUCAUUAUUGGUGGUGGUCUUGGGUAUUGGCAGAGAGACAAAAUCAGGCUUUUGCUUAAUCGAUCGGGGGACUCCAAACCAAAAGAGACUGGCGACCCAGAAGCCUCCAAACCGAAUAGUCCAGUUAACACCAACAGGGAAAAAAUCCCCCUUAAUCCGACUGGCAACGCAGAAGCCGCUAAAUCUGGGGAGUGAACUUAAAAGGACAAAGAAUGAAGCUGUGUUGCUCCUGCAUCAGAUCCACCGCAUCAGAAGUUCCUCCCGUCUGGAAUAUAAGCAGUAUUUUUUAUUUUAUUGUUUUUUAUUUGUCGCCGCAUCAUCAUCUCUUGCUGUUUCACACAUGGAAUGGGACUCUUUUCUUCUAUAUCGUAGUUUAACUAAUUUUUUUCGUCCAACAUCAGUGCAUAAUUAACAUGCAAAAAAAGAAAAGGAUUGUCAGUUUAACUCCACAUGAACAAUGUUCCUGCCUCAUUCCAGGCUGCAAAGUGACUUCUCUCCAUCACUGUUAUUUAAAUGUGCUUCCUACAAUCACUUUUUAUAUUUCGUUGUUCUGAACGAGCCCAUGUGGACCUGAGAGUACGUCUCAGUGGACCUGCUCCUAUCGCAUGAAUUUGAGAAAUGACUUCAGCUUGUGUGAAAUUUUACCAAAUAUUAGCACUUUUAAAUACGUAACGGCUUAAUGGACAUGAACAGAUGAUGCUUGUAUCAUAUUCAGCAUGUGUGGUUCCUUUUAAUCAUGUCUCCAUCACAUCUGUGAUUUUAUUGUGUAUCUACCAUGUUACAUGUUCUCUAAGGGACGAGGACAAAGGAAAAUAUCAGUGUGAAAUAACAGUGUACUAGUAAAUGUAAAUACGACCACAGUGAUUGCUGAACAGCUUGAAUGGUGCCAUGCGUUUAAUUUAUGUGUGUUUGAAUGUUCAUUCUGUGCCUUAUCAAUAAAUAGAUUAUUAAUAGUGA